AUGGCGUCUUUAAUGUGCGGACCCAGAGCCAGAUCCAAUUUCCCUUACAACCCCAAUGCUCCUCAGACCUCGUCCUCAAAGCUCCUCUCUGCUACUUUGACCGCUAAAUUGCACAAGUGUUACAUGGCUUCCCUCCAAAUCACCAAACAACACCAGCAGCUCCACCUGCGCCAACAGACGACUGAUCACCACAAAAUUCAUUUCACUUCCAGUGCGGCGGUUGCUUCCGGUUCACCUAACUGCCACAACUUUAAUAUUGGUGGUGGAAAUAAUGAUCGUGAAAAGGGUGUCUUGUCUUCGGGGUCCGGAGUGGCGCAGCAGGAGGCGUCGGCGGACCACCAGUUCGUUAAGCAACUUGAAGAAGACGAUCACAUAGAACAAAUGAUUCAAGAACUGCUGGACUACGAGUCCUCCUUGGAGCUCUGCUAG